AUGAAAACAAAUGUUACCAAGCCUGUUGAAAACUCUUAUCAAUCUUAAAUCAUUUGUAAAUCAUUCUAACUAUAUAAGAACCUACUUUGAUGUCGUAGCAAUCAAACAUCACUUAGAUACAAAAAUAGGCAUUAUAAUCGAUCCCUUUAGUUCCAUUAAGAUAAGCUAAUAAAUCAAUGACCACAAUUAGACCUUCAAUAUUUAAAUCAAAAGUUGAGGAGUCAACAUCUUUCAAUAAGUAUAACAUAAUCUAUAAAUAUAGAGAUGCCUCAUGCCUGAUAGCUAAACUUGAUUCAUUAAGAGAAAUUAAAACUUAAGAGAGUCCUCUCAGACAUCAUAAAACAACAUAUAUUCAACCAUAAUCUAGCGUUGUCUUAGAAUUCAAAAACGUUGCUCCUAAAACUGUACAAUUGUAAUAAAGUGUAUUUGCAAGUUGUGUUGAACCUUUUCGUUNAAUAAAUAAAGAGAAUAGAAAAAAACUAAGAAUAGGAGACACUUUAUUUGUUUAGGAUUAUGAUCCAGUAUCAAUUAAGAUGACAUCAUUAUAGAUUAAGAAAUGA